AUGGCCGACCAACAGGUGUUUCAGUUUCUUGAUCUACCAACAGAAACACGUUUGGCGGUUCCAAGUGUCUCCCGGUCAAGACGGUACACCACGUUGUUCGAACAGAUCACUUUGCUUUCUGCUGAACAUUUCCUCGAGGAAGGACCACUAUUCCAAAUGCCCUCUUCGAAAUGGCCUGUAUACUCCAUGAGGAUAGUUUGCAAGAAGAUUCCUGGCCUGGCUAUUCUCGGUACCAGUCAAAAGAUUCAGUUGGAAGCCAGUGAAGUUCUGCAUCCAAAGUUACGAGCCAUCAGUGAAUUACCAGCGCAGAUCAUUGUAAACAGCAUCUCGCUCGGUAGUUUCGACAUGGCUGAUGUGGUGACUCGAUUGUCAUACGCAAAUACUACCUAUUGGAUAAACAAAAGUCGUCUGUUGGACCGGCCCGUAGCAGCACCUGAGUUGCGACCAGGACUUCAACCCCGAUCUCGACCCGUUCACCUAGCCAUACGCAAUUCUUUCAUCGACAGAGACACAGCCGACGCGUCAAUGGACGACUUUAGAAUGGAGUGUCUACGGAAUUGCUUCUAUUGGUCACUUAAACAUGAAUCAGCCAUGCGUUUUCGUACUACGAGUUGCAUUACAGAUGGCUUUUUCCCGCACAUUGACCAGCACUUGCAUCUCCGUAUGACUGGGUUGAAUUCACAGGAGAAAGAGGCUUACGACAUAUUUCGACCUCUGGAUCAUAAGAGCGUUGGAAGAUGCGGUAGUUGCAUGUCCACCUCGCUCAUCGAUAGCGGUGACAUUGUCAGUAGUAAGACGAAGAAUAGAAGUGGUUUCAAGCAUAGAGAGGUUGAGCUGGAUACUACUACACAAGUCUACCGACUAACCACUAAUAUCGAUCAACGCACUUUCAAAAUGGAACUGAAAACGAACUCGAGAAUGACUUCUGUAGAGGCAUCAGUUGCGUCACACAACACUAUAAUCUCAAAGCAAUCUUACCUUCACCUCUACUUUGAGUCUGUGCGCUUACUGACCGUACUGCGCCUAGCAGGCACUCAGUUUCCACUCAUUCUUCUCACCACACCACAUCAGCUUGCAACCCUGACGCAUCAAGAACCUACCCGAGUUGACUCAGGCGCCGACGUCUCCAGCGACGGAACGAGUUCUCUUCAUGCCCAAGCCAUGAAGGUAUCAACCACCGACCUACCUCCGUCUGAGACUGCCACGAUGGAGACAUCAGAACAGCCGUGUCGACCAUUGUCCACAUUGCUAUACCCAAGGACAGCGGAAACGCCAUCAGCAUACGAAACAUCACUCCCACUUCCGGCCAUUCUACAAGGACAUGAGCCACUACCAUUCUCACCUUCACCACCGUUAAAAGCGCCCCAAGAACGUCCACUACCGUCCUCACCACCAAACUCUCCACCGCUCAUCGUCGUUCAGCCUGUUCCAGAACCCACCUCACCCAUAUCGCCCUUCCCAGCAGCCCUCCCAUCCCGCCCUGAGCCCGUGAAAAACGGAACUUUCAUCUCCCGCCUCUUCAAGCGCACGCCCGCUCACCACAACGAUAUAGAGCUCGGUUCGCUUCCCCGGUCUGGUUCACAAGAGAUUCUCGCUUCGGACCUGGAGCAGGAACGUCGGCUGAGAAAGGCUAAGAUGAUGACCAUCUACAUGAUUUGGGCAGUACUUUUUCUCAUUGCGAUAUUCGGGAUCGUGACUGGGGCGGAGUUGAUGCGGGCUUCGGGGGGGAUUCAAGGAAGUCGCGUUCGGGCACGUUCAGACAUCAAUCAUGCUCUCUUGUGCCUUCCCUUUACGCCUGCCCGCUAUCUCCUCGUUCCGCUAGCUCUCGCCUACCACCGCGCAAUCACUCUUUCUACUUACUGCCGACUACGCGAAAUCCGCAGUAUCUACACUGUCAUCUCCCGCGCUGCCAUAAGUUUAGCACCUACUAACACCACUGAAACGCUCCUCCUUGACUUUCGAGCAGAACGGCCGCUCUUACCCGCUAUGAACGCCUCCGAUAGCGAGACCGACUAUUCCAUAGACGAUGACCUCUCGAGCAAGGGGUCUUACGACGGCUGGGGUGACUUUGGCUGCGGCGAUCUAUACGAGAACAUCUUCGGCGACGACGACGAUCACGUUUACACUGAACACGCCACCUACAUCACCAUCAAGACCAACAAUUUCGCAUCCAGUCGAGUCACUCCGCCCACCGUAUCUUACAAGUAUCGUUCGUCUCGCUCAACAGUAAACCGCCGCGAUCCUUCCGUUGACGUAUUGCUCAUCCUCUCCUUCGUCAUGGUGGCACUAUUGUUGCCCGAGGCAGCAAUUGUCUUCUUCAAAGUUAUGGGCUUCAUACUGGUCGAGACUACAUCACUUUUGUUCGAGGUAGUCAUUCUUCAACUUGAAUUAGCUGCCUUCUUAGUCCUUGUGGUGCGGGCGGUGAGGGCAAGAAGAGGAUAA